CAGUUUCUUCUGUUGCCGGGCAACGCGCCUUUUAAACCUGAGGGAGUGGGCGCGUGAGCACUUAAUGGCGCCCGUGACAGAGCGAGCCUAACGGAUUAAUAAGCGCAGCCAGUGCCAGGCAUGCAGUGCAAACUCUAGAAAUAUUUUUUGCAUGCAGGAAUGAGUGAUUGAAUGCAGCAAGGGUCUGGAGGCUGAGGACCAGGCAGACAGACAUUCAGAGUUGCUGGAACGGGAAAGAGACAGGGAGUCAGACUGGUCAUGCAAGGCCAGCUCUGGGGUCUCAGCAGGUGGUCCACAACAUGACCUCCGAGUUCUUCUCUGCCCAGCUCCGGGCCCAGAUCUCUGACGACACCACUCACCCGAUCUCCUACUACAAGCCUGAGUUCUACAUGCCGGAUGACGGGGGCACUGCUCACCUGUCUGUCGUCGCAGAGGACGGCAGUGCUGUGUCCGCCACCAGCACCAUCAACCUCUACUUUGGCUCCAAGGUGCGCUCCCCAGUCAGCGGGAUCCUGCUCAAUAAUGAAAUGGACGACUUCAGCUCUACCAGCAUCACCAACGAGUUUGGGGUACCCCCCUCACCUGCCAAUUUCAUCCAGCCAGGAAAGCAGCCGCUCUCAUCCAUGUGCCCGAUGAUCAUGGUGGGCCAGGACGGCCAGGUCCGGAUGGUGGUGGGAGCUGCUGGGGGCACGCAGAUCACCACGGCCACUGCACUGGUAUGUGUCACACCUUUUCUCCCUGGCCGUGCCCACCCUGCACAGCCCCCAAGCCAUGCUGAUCACACUCCCAUGCCCCAGGCCAUCAUCUACAACCUCUGGUUCGGCUAUGACGUGAAGUGGGCUGUGGAGGAGCCCCGGCUGCACAACCAGCUUCUGCCCAACGUCACGACAGUGGAGAGAAACAUUGACCAGGAAGUGACUGCAGCCCUGGAGACCCGGCACCAUCACACCCAGAUCGCAUCCACCUUCAUCGCUGUGGUGCAAGCCAUCGUCCGCAUGGCUGGUGGCUGGGCAGCUGCCUCGGACUCCAGGAACGGCGGGGAAACUGCUGGCUACUGAUUGCUCCAGGCGGACAAGGCUGACAAGCAAUCCAGGGACAAAAUACUCACCAGGACGAGGAAGAGGACUUUGGGGGACGGGCUUCUCCUGUGAGCAGCAGAGCAGCACAAUAAAUGAGGCCACUGUGCCAGGCUCCAGGUGGCCUCCCUGGCCUGUCUCCCCACUCUCUGGGCCUCAGUGUAUUGUG